UUAAACGUCACAAAUUUUACACCCAAACAAGUAGUUCUGCGUCUGCACGUUCGACGUGCUCGACCUUGGCCACGGCAACGUCUCUUUGCGGAUCGACAACCCGAAAUCCCCAAAGAUGUACGAGUAAAAGUCCUCGUUGAACGUGAUUGUCGAGUGAGGGAACUUGAGAGCCGCAAACGACUUUAACUUCGUGACGAAAAUGCUCUCCAACGUAUACUCCUCGUCGGAUAGCGACACGUUGUCCGAGUUGAUGAAAGCGAACAGGGGGUUCGUGCUGUACUGUAGUUUUUUCUUCUGCUCCCUUAUUCGCGAGGGCAACGCCUGCCAGAUGUCUCCGUUGCCAAACUGCUGCACCGCGUCCCGGUACGCCAGAGCACUUUUGCGAAUGAUGGCCGGGAGCUCGGUGUCCUGGAUCUCGUCCAUGAGCCCAGGAUUGACUUUGUCCUGGGGAACCUUGUGUGAGAAGGGAAACACCACAAUUCGACGAGAGAUAGAUCCACUCUUGUCCUCCCACUUCGCAGACUCGUUGCCGGCCAUGAUUCCAGGAGUUGUCCACACGCCCGUGAUCGGUGACCCAUUCUUCACCGGCAUCGAGAGGGUCUCGCCCGUCACCAUACUCUGGAAGUCCGCCUGAUCCAUGGCGAAGUCGCCCUUGAGUUCGGGAACCACGAAGAUUGUCUUGUUGUAGAUGGUCGACAACCCGAACUUCUUCUCGAUGUUGUUGGAAAUCACACCAACAUCGGCCCGGUUGUACAUCAUCUGUAUCACCUUGAUGACAGUCGACUUCCCCGUGCCGGCCACGCCUUUCAUGAAAGGGAUGACCUGCCACGAAUCCAGCUCGGACACUUCGUAGAAGAGCCUCCCGACAAAAACAUACAUCCACCACAGCAUGUCCUGAUCCCACAUCUGAGGCUGGAAGAUGGAGUCGAACAGCGGAGUCUUCAACUCGGAGAAAUUGAGCUUGGCUGCAGCCCGGGAAGGCGUGCUGAAGUACACAUCGUAGAAGUCUUUGUAUAUGAUCUUGCAAGAAACUAGCCGCUCUUCGAUCUCCUGGUCGUACGUGGUGAAGGUGUCUUCCGUCGCGUCAUAGAUGCCGUCGUUGAAGCUCCAAACCCGUCUCUUGGCGUUCAGGUCCGGAAACUCCAGGUCGCAGCAGUUCGUGAGGUACUUGACACACUGUUCGUAGUUUCCACUCAUGUUGCAAUGCUUCCACAUCUCGCAGUGGGUCUCCUUGUCGCACAAAAACCUCACGAUUUCCUUGAUCUCGCACAGCUCCUCCCACGCGUGAGUUGGAUAGUUGCCGAUGAAAACCUGUCUGUACACGAACCCGUUGAAACGACGGUAACGUCUACGGCUGAGCUCUCCUAGAAGAUACAGGAUCAGGAAGUGCAAAGGAGUCAUGUCGUCCUUGGACAGCGGCGAGUACCAGAAGAUCGUCUCGGGUGUCAUGGGCGUCGGGAAAGAUCCGUUGCAGUUCGCAGAGCGCAUGAACAUCAUCAUGCUCUGGUGGGCAUGGAAGAUCGUCUCUUGAAACCGAGAGAAUCGCUCUUUUUCCUCGUCGGUCAGUUCAUCGUCGCAUCGGUGCGUGAGCUCGUCUCGGAGGUCGAUGUACAGGUUCCAAUCCGUCCGGUGGAUUUCGUUGAUGCGCUCGGGUACGAGGUCCUCCGCACAGGUCACCUCGAAAAUACUCAUGAUGCUCUGAAAGCCUUCUGGUGUCGGGUCGAUUUUCCAUCUCUGCUCGAUAUCAUCGAACUUCCCGAGAAUCUCCUCUUUGCUCCGGAGCUCCUGUUCUUCGUCAUCGUGCGCAUUGACCACAUCCAU